UGGCCGUGAGGAAGGCCCAGCAGGGCCGGGCCCAGAUGGUUCCUGCGGAGGAAGCGGUGGGCACAGCUGCGCGCUGCGUCCUGGCCUGUCGCACUAUCACCGUGACACAGCUGGCCGCCUCGCCUGCAGGCUGUGGGGAGACCUCCCCCACCACGGCCUCCCCAAGCCCGCCCCCGUCACAUGAGCCCUGCGGCCCCCCGCCCCUUCCCCAGGCCUCAGGCAGCGGCUGCUAGAAGGCCCAGAGCUGCCUGGGGGACGAGGCCUUCGGCUCUGAGGAAUCCAGGCUGGCCGCGGCCCCUCAUCUUUCCCUCGAGGUCCCACGAGGUUGGGCGAGGCACUCACAGCUGUGCUUGGGCCCCGGCCCCACGUUGGCCCCUGGAGGGCGGCCCGCCUCACACCCAGCGUCAGGAUUCAGUCUCCUGGAUCCAGCUCCCGCUCCAUGUCCCGGGCAUCUCCCGGGCAGGAGAGCGGGCCCCUGGCCUCCACCAGCUGCUCGGCGCCCCGGGGUCCCAGGAAGGGCGGCCCAGUUCCAGCGGACAGGAAGGAGAAGGCCGCAGAGAUGCCCGACUCCCCAGCCGAGGUGAAGACGCAGCCCCGGUCCACACCCCCCAGCAUGCCGCCCCCGCCGCCCGCUGCGUCCCAGGGGACCCCACGGCACCCCUCCUUCACGCCCCACACAAAUCGAGAGGACGGGCCUGCGAUGUCUCUGCCCCACGGCCGUUUUCAUGGCUGCUUAAAAUGGUCUAUGGUCUGUCUUUUGAUGAACGGCAGCACACACUCGCCAACAGCCAUCAACGGCACCCCGUCCACGCCCAACGGCUCCAGCAAUGGCCCGGCCACCUCGUCCACAGCCUCGCUGUCCACGCAGCACCUGCCCCCGGCCUGCGGGGCGCGGCAGUUGAGCAAGCUGAAGCGCUUCCUCACCACCCUGCAGCAGUUCGGCAGCGACAUCUCCCCGGAGAUCGGGGAGCGCGUGCGCACACUGGUGCUGGGGCUCGUGAACUCCACGCUGACCAUUGAGGAGUUUCAUUCCAAGCUCCAGGAGGCCACUAACUUCCCGCUGCGGCCUUUCGUCAUCCCCUUCCUGAAGGCAAACCUGCCCUUGCUGCAGCGGGAGCUCCUGCACUGUGCCCGCCUGGCUAAGCAGACCCCCGCCCAGUACCUGGCCCAGCACGAGCAGCUCCUGCUGGAUGCCAAUGCCUCCUCCCCCAUCGACUCCUCGGAGAUCCUGCUGGAAGUCAAUGAGAACGGCAAGAGGAGAACCCCUGACAGGACCAAAGAGAAUGGGUCAGACCGCGACCCGUUGCACCCCGACCACCUCGGCAAACGGCAUUGCACCCUGAGCCCCGCCCAGAGAUACAGCCCGAGCAAUGGGCUGCCCCACCCCACGCCGCCACCGCACUACCGCCUGGAGGACAUGGCCAUGGCCCACCACUUCCGUGACUCCUACCGUCACCCUGACCCCCGGGAGCUCCGGGAGCACCACCGGCAGCUCGCGGUGCUCGGGUCCCGGCAGGAGGAGGUGAUCGACCACAGGCUCACAGAGCGUGAGUGGGCCGAGGAAUGGAAGCACCUCAACAACCUCCUGAACUGCAUCAUGGACAUGGCGGAGAAGACGCGGCGGUCGCUGACCGUGCUGCGCCGGUGCCAGGAGGCUGACCGCGAGGAGCUCAACCACUGGAUGCGGCGCUACAGUGACGCCGAGGACACCAAGAAGGGGCCCGAGCCCGCCACGAACCGGCCCCUUAACAGCUCCACAAGUGCAGAGGGGUCUCAGCUAGACGUCCACCGGGAGUUCAUGCCGAGGACCCUGUCCGGCUACAUGCCAGAGGAGAUCUGGAGGAAGGCUGAGGAGGCAGUGAACGAGGUGAAGCGGCAGGCGAUGUCGGAGCUACAGAAAGCCGUGUCGGACGCGGAGCGGAAGGCCCACGAGCUCAUCAGCACGGAGCGUGCCAAGAUGGAGCGGGCCCUGGCCGAGGCCCGGCGGCAGGCCUCAGAGGACGCCCUGACUGUCGUCAACCAGCAGGAGGACUCCAGCGAGAGCUGCUGGAACUGCGGCCGCAAGGCAAGUGAGACGUGCAGCGGCUGCAACGCGGCGCGCUACUGCGGCUCCUUCUGCCAGCACAAGGACUGGGAGAAGCACCACCACGUGUGCGGCCAAAGCCUGCAGGGCCCCGCGGCCAUAGUGGCCGACCCCGUGCCCGGACCGCCCAAUGCCACCACCGGCCUGGGCCCCUGCCUGCCCACAGGUGCCACCAGCCCCAGCGAGGCCGGCUCUGCAGGGCCCUCCCGCCCUGGCUCCCCGGGCCCGCCCGGCCCACUGGACGCCGUGCCCCGCUGACCCCUCCGGGACCCCGAUGCCCAGCCCAUGGACGCCCGCCGACCCCACCUGGCCCCGGCCCGCUGGACACUGUGCUGGCCCUGGGAGCCCGACUGUUGGAGUCACUGCUGCUACUGCUUCUCUCCAAAAGAAAACACAGAACCAACAAGACUGCAUCCAACGCAACUUCCUCAGCUACCUGACGAUCUCACGCACGACCUCCUGAGCAUCCUCAGAAACCGCCCACCGA